ACACUCUAACACUCUAACACACACUCUAACACUCUAACACACAGUGUUUGUUUCUCUGCUGCAGGAUCGGAGAGGAGUUCGGCCUCAAAUCCAUCAAACUGAUCCUGAACGGGAAAACUCUGUGUGUGGACCAGAGUCUGGAGACGCAGGGUGUGAAGAACCACAGCAAGGUGAUGGUGCUGAAGGUGAGCGACGCCGAGCUGAAGCAGCAGCUGAGCGAGGAAGAGGAGAAGAAGAAGAACCAGAACGAGAGCAUCCAGAGGACCCAGAAGGGCUUCCAGAUCCUGUCUGAGAGAGACGGCAGCGAGGACCCGGACACCACGCCCGUCCUGGAGAUCGCGGACCAGAGAGGAAACCCGCUGAAGAUCCCCCACAAGGAGAAGAAGGCCCUGAUCCUCGCCAUGGGUUUCCACGAGAAAGGUCGCUCUCUGAUGAAGAAGAAGCAGUUCGACAACGCUCUGUGUCACCUGCUGCAGGCCGACCAGCAGUUCAGUAAGUGCGGCUCGGCGCUGCUCAGCUCGGUGGAUAACUUCGCCGUGCUGCAGCUGGACAUCGUGUGGUGUUACCGAGCUCUGGAGGCCCUGUCCUGCCUGGACGACGGCAGGAGCCGGCUGCAGAGGGCCGAGGACUGUUUCCUGCAGUGCUACGGGGAGCAGCAGCAGAGGCUGCUCAUGAUCAAGGGCAACACGGGCAGAGAGGAGGUGCUGUUCCUGCGGCUCUACCUCCUGCAGAGUCUGCUGUCCUACAUCGAGGGGAACGACGCUCAGGCCCGACACCAGCUGGCCAAGGUGGAGUCUCUGUACAGCCGUCUGUGUCCGGACUCGGAGAAGAUGGAUCAGCUGAUGACUCUGGGUUUCAGCGAGAGAGAAGCUCGGCUCGGCCUCAGAGCCUGUCAGGGAGACCUGCAGGAGGCCGCCAUCCACAUCAGCAACCAGAGACAGGAGCGGGAGGAGCUGAAGCAGAGGGAGCGGCAGAAGAGGAGCAGGAGGAUGGAGGUGAUCUCCACCCUCGCAGAGCUCGGCUACUCCAGGAGGGACGCCGCCACGGCUCUGCACCACGCCGACGGGGACGUGGACAAGGCCUACGCAAUCCUCCUGGACUCCGCCCACGCCGCUCAGACCACCAACAACAACGCAGAGGGGACGGGCGGUCCGGAGCGCCUGCAGCAGCUGCUGUACCUGGGCUUUGACAGGGACGCGUCCGAGGCGGCGCUCCGGCUGACGGGCGGAGACGUCCAGUCGGCCACUCAGCUGCUGCUGGACAACCAGGGCGUCCUCUCCCCGGAGCUCCUGUCCAUGUCCCCGCCCUCCACCUCCUCCUCCUCGCCCUCCUCUGAGGAGCCCAGCACCUCCUCCACCUCCACAGCGGACAGCGAGCUGGUGAACGAGGUGCUGGAGGACAUCUCCCGUCACGAGGAGGACUACCUGGACCUGACGCUGGACGAGGAGAGCGAGCUCAUCGCCACCAUGAAGAGCUACCUGAGCCGAGGACGCGCGCGCACGGUGUGACGCGCUCGCCCGCAGAGAGCGUCACUCGUCCCGCAGCAGCAGCAGUUUAACCCCCGAGACUCCGCGGGAGGCCGAGCGGCUGAACCUCAGAGACGACCAGCAGAGAUCAGUUUGUGGUUCGUGAGUUCAGCUCAGGUCACAGAUUUAGUUCCAAAGUGUUUGAUCUCCUAAAGAAUCACUGACCGGGUUUCAUUAUUUGAUUUAAACGUCUUCAGGCCGCCGGCGUUUGCUUCUGACGUGUUUAUUAUGAAAUCGCUGCUUCUUAAAAGACGCCUGAUGUUUGUGACCUAAGUUUAACUUUAAUUUAAAUUCAGUUCAUGUCUUUGUUGAGGAUUUCUCUGGACUGUCUCACGUUGACGGAGCCAAUAAAGUUUGUUUGUGUUGA